AUGGAUCCAACUCAACCAUCUUCCCCAUCGCCACCGCGACUACCACCACCAUCUUCCUCGCAACCAUCAUCACCAUCCUCAUUGCAGCCGCCACCGCCAUCUUCCCCGCAACCACUAUCACCAUCUUCAUCCCAGCCACCACCACCACAAUCUUUAUUCCGGCAAAGGAAUUCUUCAUCGAAGCUACCACUGCCAUCCCAGCGUGAUGCACCAUCAUCUUCAUUGCAGCCACCACCACCGCAUUCUUCAGUGCCAAAAAUGCAAACAUCAUUGCAGCAAAUUCCGCCGCCGCCACCUCCACCACCACCUUUUUGGCGGUCCCCGGGCGUAAUCUUUGGUGCUGUUUAUAUUGGUUGGAUGGUGUAUUCUUGUAUCCGUGACGUACUCUUUUUCAUAGAAAAAUCUUGA